GUUCUGGUUGUAUUUCAAAGUUUACACUUGAAAAUAUGAGUUUGAUGAAGUUAGAAGCACACUUUAAUGGUCGGAUUGUAUAAUUUUGAAUUUGUCUGUGGGAUCGAUGGAUAAUGUCUGUGGCCAGACGGUUUAGGUUAUACCAUUUAUAUAUGAUUUGAUUUGAUUUGUCCGUAGUUUGUUUUCUGUAUUUAAAAUGAUUUGAUUUGUCCGUAGUUUGUGAAGAGUUGUUUGUCUUCCUUUGAUGAAGUCAUUAGUGUGUAAGAAUUGUGUGUAAGUCAUUAGUGUGUAAAAAUUAUGACUUCAUUUGUGUUUUUCGUAGGAUGAAGCAUCAAUUACUGGUUAAUGUUAAGUCCCAUUUCCCAACCCAAUAUUCUCAGGCCACAUAUUUUGGAAAAUUAAGAAACUUGUUGGACUCCAUGUCCAUCAGUCAACGGGAGGUGUUCAAGAAGCUUCCAUGGGGUCAUUUUGCUAAGAUUCCGGAAUUCCAACUUUCCGGGCAGAUUGUUCAUAUGUUGUUGUUAUGGCUGGUUCGACAACAACCUGUGGAUAAGCUAUGGUUUUCCAUAAGAGGGAAGAUUUUUAAGUUCAUGUUUAAAGAUUUCUGUGAAAUAAUCAACCUGUCGGCGUACACCAUCAAACCCACUUUUGUUAAAAAAAAUGAGAAAGGUAGUGUGGCAAAUAUCUUUUUUAAAGGAAACAAGCGUGUGUCGUACCAAGAGUUGAAGGAUGCAAUAGAGGCAGUCAAUCCAAAGAAGAGGAUUGACACGUUAGCUUUUGUGAAGUUGACUUCCCUUUUCGUGGUUGAUGGUGUGUUGUUGACUAGAGACCACGACACAAAGAUCAAUGCUGAUCAUUUUGAUUGGGUUGAAGACUUUGAGAACUUCCAAAAAUAUCCUUGCGCACUCGAGUCUUAUAACCUUAUGGUUAGCAAUUUGAAGUCGUUGAUACGUGGUCAACCAGAGAAGUUUGAAGCUGUGUUAGCUAAGAAUCCUGGCUACAAGAAUGCUAAGUUCACGGUUUGGUCUUUACCGCACGUGUUGCAGGGUGGUUUUAACUAAGUUUGGGCGUAUGAGAAAAUCCCUGGACUUGCAGGAAAAUGCGGCGAAAAAGUGAAAUCUGAACAAGCUAGCAUUUUGAAUUGAAAAGCUGUUGGGUUCUUCCAUUAUUCUUCUUUGAAUGAACUAGUAUUGACCGAUGAGCCUUUAGAAGAAACGGUAAGUGUUAAUUUUAUUUUUGAAUAAUAUGCAUGAGGUCGUAUUAGUAUUACAACUUUGAGUCUAUUUAAUUAACAUGGAUUGUAGGAUGAUGAGAAGGAUGGUGAAGAAGAUGAUGAAGAAGAAGGUGAUAAUGAAGAAGAAGGUGCAAUGGAAAAUAAGGAUGUCAAACUUUUUUGCAAAUGGAAGGUGCUGGAAGAGCUUUCAAAAACAAGGGAUAUGUAUUAUAAUUGUUAGUGAACAAAUAACAUGAUUAACAAUAUUUUAUGUAUAUACUGUCUGUCAUAUAAUUCUUCACAUAUCUACCUUUCUGUCCUUUUUUAUUCAUUUCUUAUUUAAUAAAAUAAGAUAUAUGUAAGAGAAGUAGUCAGUACUUCUACAAUCAAUGAAAAAUUAUACAAAUAGGACCAAAUCUAUUACUGACUACUUGGAUAGGAACUGGACAAUUGUAUUUGGUCAAAUAUCAAUAACAACAUGUACGACAAGUAGUCAUAUAAUGAUUUUCAAUAACUUAUACAGAUUUGUUGACAAUUUCAUAUGAGAAGUAGACAAUAAGAGAAGUAGAUAAUUUUAGUUGCAUAUUUCAUCAUGAUCUCCCAAAAUUGAAUCGAACAACUUACUUCACCAGACGGAAGAACAAUUUCAACGUUUUCAAUGUUUUGCGCCUUUGAUUUGUUAGGGCUCUUUGUUUCGAAAUCACUGUCUGAUUGGCCUUCUUCAACUUCUUCAUGUUUUUCAAUGUUUUCAGCCUCAGAUUUCUUCUUUCCCUUCGCCAUUUAUUCGUCUUUACUGACUCGUUCGUCGCCUGUAGUAAUCGUCUGGCGUUGCUCUAUGAAGGAGAAGGUGGAAGAUCGGAGAAGUGAUUUAUCCGUUGAGUUGCGGUUGAAGAAGGUGAAGGCGCAGGGAAGUUUUGGCGUGCGGGAAGUUUUAAUAUUUUUGGGUUGCGGGAAGUUUUAAUUGUUAGCCGCAGGGUGGUUACACGUGGCGCCAGAGUUUUAAAAUCAAGGUAAAAAUGGUCAAUUCGCAUGUACUUAUGUCCUACGGAUGAAUGCAGUCCUAAUUUUAGAAAUUUCUUAUGUUUGUGUCCUAUUUGUAAAAUUUUCCCAAAGAAAAACUGCCUGAUUUUUUUAAGUUAACUAUGAAGAUCGUUUCUAAAUGAACGGUGAAGAUUGAUUUGUAUCGCUAUUAAGUAUAUGGGAUAAGGGAUUAUUCAAGUCAAGCCUUUGCUUUUAAAAAAAAAUACAUAUUUAUGACUAUAAUAAAAGUUGUUUAUAAAAAUGUAUUACCUCCGUCCCACUAACAUUGGGACGGAUGGUGGCACGGUUAUUAAGAAAAAUGAUUUGUGUGGUUGAUAUUGAAUUAAUAAAGUAAGAAUGAUUAAGAGUCACACAAACUUUA